AUGAAUUCUGAUGGUCUCAUGAAGUCUGAUGACUUAAAUGAUACAAAGAUCGAUCCAAUUCCUGGGGAUGAAAAGGAUAUCAAGAAAUUUAUCGGUCCUCCCACCCCUUGUUUCCAGCGCAAACUCAAGUUCUUAUCACCAUCAACCAAGGUUGCAGAUGUUCAUUCAGCAGAAAAGGAAGGAAGAACUUUAAAGAACAGACGGAUAUCAACCCUGAUGCUUCCAGAUAUACCCCGCAAACAUGUUCCAAAAGGUACUUCCAGUCGAGUCUCGGAAGCUGCAACUGGUACCUUGAUUCGAACCCCUUACACUGAAUGCAAGAAUCCUGCAAUCUGGUUAUCUUCAAGCCGAUGGGCAUUCUUACCCAAGUCACAGUCGGAAUUAGAUAAAGGUUACACAUGUCCAGAAGGUGUUAGAAUAACACUUGGAGAAGAUAUUGCCAAACUGAAGAAUCGGCAAAUCAAUGUUUUAACAAAUAGCGACUUGUUGGAGUUUCAUGAAUACUUGAACGAAUUGGCUGCUCGAAAAGCUAAAUCUGCUCAAUCCAAGAUUUCAGGGUCCUCCUCACUUACCGGCGCGAAAAAAUAUUGGAAUCGAAUGCGAUCAAAAUCUUGA